CUGGAUCAUUAGAGCUUUCUGCCGUGUAGUACCAGCUUACUGUGGAGUAUACAGUAUCAAAGGAUUACAAUUCAAAGUUCAGUGAUGGACGACUCUGACGUGAUUACACUGACGGGAAGUCUCCUUGAUGGCCUUGAUGAUUUAUACGACAACACCUCUGAUUCAUAUGAAGACUAUUGUUGUGAAGGGGGUGAUGUAUGUGACCUGAGCGAGGGCAUGAAUUUUGAGGCGGUCUUCAUCCCAGUUCUGUACACGGUGGCGUUUGUUGUGGGUGUCCUGGGGAACGGAGUGCUGCUGGGAGUUCUGGUUCAGAGCAGGAGGACCUGGAGUGUGACAGACACCUUCAUCCUCCACCUGGGUGUGGCAGACGUCCUGCUGCUCCUGACACUUCCCUUCUGGGCUGCACAGUCGGCUCAAAAAGGUGGAUGGACCUUUGGCACCCCCCUCUGUAAGAUCAAUGGAGCUGUUUUUACGAUCAACUUCUACUGUGGGAUCUUUCUGCUGGCCUGCAUCAGUCUGGACCGCUACCUGUCCAUCGUCCACGCUACCCAGAUGUACUCCCGCAGGAAGCCCUGGGUCGUCCAGGUCAGCUGCUUGGCAGUGUGGCUCUUCUCCCUGCUCCUCUCUAUCCCUGACUGGGUUUUCUUGGAGGCUAUGAAGGAUGACAGGCGAAACAAAACCGAGUGUAUUCGCAACUACUUCACGUUUUCCUCUGAGUCAGUAGGUGACUGGCGGCUGGCAUCACGCCUGCUCUACCACACAGUGGGUUUCCUGCUGCCUUCAGUCAUCAUGAUCUUCUGCUACUCCUGCAUCCUGCGCCGGCUGCGGUGUGGCUCCCAUGUCCUCCAAAAGCAGAAAGCAUUCAGGGUCAUCGUGUCUGUGGUGAUGGUUUUCUUCCUCUGCUGGACGCCAUACAACAUCACACUCAUGGUGGACACGCUUCAUUCCAACUACACCAUGGACACCUGUGGAGUCAGAACAUCUCUGGAGAAAGCCAAGAUAGUCACCUCCUGUGUGGGUUACCUCCACUGCAGCCUCAACCCCAUCCUGUAUGCCUUUGUGGGCGUGAAGUUCAGGCGUCAGCUCCUGGAAAUCCUGAGGUCUCUGGGCUGCAAGCUGUCGACAAGUGUCAAACUGCACUCUGUUGGUACGAGCAGGAGAAGCUCCAUCUGGUCUGAGUCUGCCGACACCUCUAACUCCAUCGCUAUUUGAGAGAGAGAGACACAGACACAUCAACAACCACAUGUACAGACCUGCACAAACUUAAAGACUGACUGACAUGAAGACCGAGACAGCUGAGCACAAAGUGUUAAUGUAAAUUUCCUGUAUUCAGUAGCCUUAAACAGGCUAUGCAUUCUUUCAACUUCUUGUUGUUCUCACAGUGUAUAAGUAGAUGAACAUGAGCAUGACCAUCAGACAAAAAUAAUAUUGUCUUUCAGGGAUUUGAGGUCACACACCUGGACUUGUUGGCAGCUAUUUUUCUUGUAGUAGAAAUAUAACAUUUCCCUUUUCUGUCUGCAAGGUAACAUGAUAGCGACUGUUUUACAAGCAAAGUUUUAAAUUAUGUAUAUUUUAUACCAUGAUAAUACUGUAUAUUGCUUUGUUUUUCUCAAUAAAGAAUAAAAUAGU